AUGGAGGGCGGCGAGACGACGCUGUCGGCGUUCGGCGUCGGCGGCGGGGCCCCCGGCGUCGACACCAAGGCGCUGCACGCGUUCCAGACGAGCUUCGUGCAGGUGCAGACCCUGCUGGACCAGAACCGGCUCCUCAUCAACGAGAUCAACCACAACCACGAGUCCAAGGUGCCCGGCGACCUCUCCCGCAACGUCGGCCUCAUCAGGGAGCUCAACAACAACAUCCGCCGCGUCGUCGACCUCUACGCCGACCUCUCCUCGCUCUUCGCCGCCUCCGACGCCGCCGCCGGCGGCCGCGCCGCGUCCGAGGGCGGCUCCGUCGGCACCGUCCGCCAGGCGGCCGCCGCCGGGCACAAGAGGAUCAGGUCCGGCCUCGACUGA